UUUGCCGUACAGCUCUACAACACCAACCAAAACAUGACCGAGAAGCCUUUCCAUCUGAAUUACAACGUAGAUAACCUCGAGUCUUCCAACAGCUUCGCUGUUACCCAUGCGUUCUGCUCCCAGUUCUCCAGAGGCGUGUACGCCAUCUUUGGCUUCUACGACAAGAAGUCCAUGAACACGCUGACCUCCUUCUGUGGGGCGCUGCACACCUCCUUCAUCACGCCCAGUUACCCCAUCGACUCCGACGUGCAGUUUGUCAUCCAGAUGCGCCCGGCGCUCAAGGGGGCCGUGCUGAGCCUCCUCUCGCGCUACAAGUGGCAGAAGUUCGUCUACCUCUACGACACAGACAGAGGGUACUCGAUACUUCAAGCAAUCAUGGAGGCAGCUGUGGCUAACAACUGGCAGGUGACGGCGCGGUCCGUGGGGAGCAUCACCGACCCCCUGGAGUUCAAGCGCAUCAUCGAGGAAAUGGACAGGAGACAGGAGAAGCGCUACCUGAUCGACUGUGAAGUGGACCGGAUCAACGUCAUCCUGGAACAGGUGGUGACCGCGGGGAAGAAUAGUCGAGGCUACCAUUACAUUAUUGCCAAUCUGGGCUUCUCCAAUGUGAGCCUGGACAAGGUUGCUCUCGGUGGAGCGAACAUAAGUGGGUUCCAGAUAAUCAAUCCGGAGAACCCCAUCGUACAGCAGUUCCUCCAGCGCUGGGACCGGCUAGAUGAAAGAGAGUUCCCAGAGGCCAAGAACACGCCUCUGAAGUACACCUCUGCGCUCUCCUACGACGCCAUCCUGGUGAUCGCCGAGGCCUUCCGCUACCUGCGGAGGCAGCGCGUGGACGUGUCGCGGCGGGGCAGCGCGGGCGACUGCCUGGCCAACCCGGCGGUGCCCUGGAGCCAAGGCAUCGACAUCGAGCGAGCCCUCAAAACGGUCCAAGUUCAAGGUAUGACUGGAAAUAUCCAGUUUGACAGCUUCGGUCGAAGAUCAAACUAUACCAUUGACGUGUAUGAGAUGAAAACAGGUGGGCCCAGGAAGAUCGGGUACUGGAACGAGUUUGAGCGCUUUGUAUCUAUAAUGGACCCGCAGGUCACCAACGACUCCUCCCCAGUGGAAAACCGAACAAUUGUGGUCACUACUAUUAUGGAAGCGCCCUAUGUGAUGUUCAAGAAAAACUAUAAGCAUCUGGAGGGGAAUGAAAGAUAUGAAGGCUACUGUGUCGAUUUAGCCUCUGAGAUUGCUAAACAUGUGGGCAUUAAGUACCAGCUGUCCAUAGUAAUGGACGGCAAGUAUGGCGCCAGGGACCCCGAGACCAAGACGUGGAACGGGAUGGUGGGUGAACUUGUCUAUGGGAGGGCAGACAUAGCCGUCGCGCCACUGACUAUCACCCUGGUGCGCGAGGAAGUCAUAGACUUUUCCAAACCGUUCAUGAGCCUGGGCAUCUCCAUCAUGAUCAAGAAGCCCCAGAAGUCCAAGCCGGGCGUCUUUUCCUUCCUCGAUCCUCUGGCCUACGAGAUCUGGAUGUGCAUCGUGUUCGCCUACAUUGGCGUGAGCGUGGUGCUGUUCCUCGUGAGUCGCUUCAGCCCCUAUGAGUGGCACCUGGACGAGCAGGACGAGACCAAAGACCCACAGACGCCUCCCGACCCGCCCAACGACUUUGGGAUCUUCAACAGCCUGUGGUUCUCCCUAGGGGCCUUCAUGCAGCAGGGCUGCGAUAUCUCUCCAAGGUCCUUGUCAGGGAGAAUUGUUGGAGGCGUCUGGUGGUUUUUCACUCUCAUCAUAAUCUCGUCCUACACGGCCAACCUUGCUGCUUUUCUCACUGUGGAGCGAAUGGUCUCCCCCAUUGAGAGCGCAGAGGAUCUCGCCAAACAAACAGAGAUUGCCUAUGGAACUUUGGAUUCAGGCUCCACAAAAGAGUUCUUUAGGCGCUCCAAAAUAGCAGUGUAUGAGAAAAUGUGGUCAUACAUGAAAUCUGCUGAGCCCUCUGUCUUUGCCAAGACUACACCUGAUGGGGUGGCGCGGGUACGAAAGUCGAAGGGCAAGUUCGCCUUUCUUCUCGAAUCCACCAUGAACGAGUACAUCGAGCAGCGGAAGCCGUGCGACACCAUGAAAGUGGGCGGAAACCUCGACUCUAAGGGCUAUGGUGUGGCCACCCCCAAAGGCUCAGCAUUAAGAACUCCUGUAAACCUUGCAGUAUUGAAACUCAGUGAACAAGGCAUCUUAGCCAAGCUGAAAAACAAAUGGUGGUACGAUAAGGGUGAAUGUGGAACCAAGGACUCUGGAAGUAAGGUCAGUCGCUGCAGGUCUUUUGUACUGAUUCCAAAAUUGCAUUUUGACGUAUUGUUCAUAUGCAAAGAAAAAAAAAAAGCACAAUUCAGAUAUCUAUCUUUCCUCAUUUUUUCUGAUGUAAAAGUACAGUUAAUUACAUUUUUUUGUAUUGCCACUCUAAUUAGACAAACAUUGAGUGGCCGAAAUAGUUGCACAAUACCCCCACUUGGAAAUAGUAUAUUUUUUUGAAAGCAAAAAUUACAAUAACAUUUUACCACUGUAUGUGCUGUCAUACUUUUUAACGAAGCACCAUUAUGAUACAUACAUUUCUAUUAAUGAUAAGUCGGCUACAGCACAUGUGGGGAGUUUAUA